AAUAAUGCUUCAAUGAUAAUAUUCAAUAAUAAUAUGUUUGGAUAGACACACACAACUAAGCUUGCUCAUAUCUUAUCGUUUGUUGAAUGACAUUUAUAUUUUAUGCUUAUGGAUCAUAUAUUGACAAUUGGGCAUCAUAUAUACUAUUUUAAUUAGAUAAUAUAAUCGAAUUGAUGAGAUAUAUUGUAUAAUUACCAUGACUUCUAUAAUUUAAAUUAUAUUCCAUUGUUGCUAAGUCAAGGAUAUUUUAAGGAUAAAAUAUAUUUAUAAUUGAACAGGGAGAUUAAACAAUUGAAAAGAUUCUCAUGUGUAUAUACCGGUAUUAUGUUAUAAAAAAGUGUUUAUCCAUCUUAAUUUUGGUUAAUUUUAUUCAAUUACAAUAUAUAAUCUAAUGACUCAACCAAAGACUUCAGAUACAAACUGUGAUAAUCCAAUUAAUUCAGUCAAUCAAAAUCUUACUAACGAUUUUAGUAUUAAUGAUAGUUUAUUUUUAUCAACAUCUGAAGAACAAGGAAAGUGUGAUUAUCCAUCACCUCAGUUUUUUGAGCAUGAUUCAAGAUCCCAAAUAAUAUCCACUCAAGAAUUAUCUAUUACAUCUCCAUCAUCAUCAUCACCUCCUAUACUUGAACGUCAAUUAAGUAAGGAGUGUGUAAAAGAACAAAAAUCAGAAACAGAUAAUAAAAAUUCAUUAUCACCUAUUACCUUCGGACUAUCAUUCAGUUCAUCAACGUCGAUUAACAGUCAAUUACAUUGUAUUCCUACAAAUGUUUGUUCAACAGCUGUUACAAGUGUUACAACUGUUACUUCUGUCCGACGCCCACGUCAUAAACCUGCAGAACGACGGGAAUUAUUAGAGUUAGCCGUAAAUGAUGUGUUAGGUUCUCAGAUAUCAAUGAGACGUGCUGCACAAAAGUAUAACUUAGCAAAAUCAUCACUAUGUGAUUAUGUUCGUAAAAAUGGAAUUAUAUUACCUAAUUUACGUUUUAAAUCUUAUCAAACUAUUCCAAGAUCAACAGCCACUGAUUUAGCUGUAUCAAGUAAAAAAGUUACCUUAUCAGGAAAUACAAAUCGUCAAAAUUCGGCAUCGUGUAAACGUAGCGGUUCACCAAUGUCUGGUGAUACUUGUAUAUCAUCCAUGAGUCCUUUACCAGCAAAAUUAUCAUGUGGUAUAACUCGUAAAGUGAAUAUUACUCGAACUAAGAAUAUAGAUAAUAAUAAUAAUAAUAAGCAACACUCGAAAAUAUCUGCAAGACCAGUUAUUCAAAUGGACAACUUAUCCCUCGGAGUAGAUAAUGACAGAACUGUUUCAUUAGCUAGUAAUUGUGACUUAAAUUGUAUUCGUUCACUUAUAUCAUCUGAAAAGACUAGUAUUGAUUCUUGUCCAAGUGAAUAUUGUUUAUCAAAUCAACAUCAUACAAAUAAUCAAAAUAAUCUAUUUAGUGUAUCCAACAUAUCUAAGUGUUUUACAAAUGUUAUCUCUUGUAAAUCAUCAAAUCGUGUUGAAAGUCCUUGGUAUAAUGCUGCUGGACUUCCUACUCAAGUACCUAUGCGUUCAUGGACAAGUACUAAUACAUUAAGUGGUUCAUUACAAAAUAUAAAUCAACAAGAACAACCAACAAUAAAUAUAAAAAAUACAUCAUCUUUUAUUUCAUCUAAUAAUAGUCUAUUUAAUAAUCAUCUACAUUCUAAUGUAGAAGAUUCAUUAAAUAAUAAUUUAUGCCUUAGUAAAUCAAAACUAAAUCAUUCCAAUGAUUCAAUAACAGAUUGUUUACAUGUUGCUAAUUAUUUAUUAUCUAAUGAAACGAAAUCACUUAGUGAUGAAGUAAAUAAUCGACAAAAUGAUUGUUGUUGUCCAAUUAAUUCAAAUAGUCUAAAUAUAACUACAAAUUUUCCAGUUGAUUCUCCUAUUUCCCAAUUAUCAUCGGAACAUGAUCGACGAAUAUUUUUAAACGAAGAAUCUGCCAAAUCUUGGAUUUUUAACAAUUCAAAUAGAAAUAUUAACGGAUUAUCAGAUUCGGAACAAUCAAGAUCAAUUUUAGAUAGUACACAAUCUCUUCGUAGUACAAACGAAUCAUCAUCUACAGGAGUUUCAUAUUCACCUCCUACUAGUACUGUUAAUUUAGAUUCAUCAACUAAUUCAAGAUUUUUAACUACUCCACUUAGUUUAUCAUCAUCUAGUUGUCAGAUUUUUUCAGACGAAACUACAAAACUUCCUUUUAAAACUACUCAUUCUAGUUCAGAUAACACUGAUCAUAUUGGUAUACAAUCUGAAUCUGCGAUUAGUAAUAAUACUGUUACUGAUCGUUUUUUGUCGAAUUCUACUACAGCAUCUGCAUUGUGUUCAUUUCUUGGUCUUAAUUCUAUUAAUCAUAUAAAUUCUCACUUUUGUCAACCUUCAACUUCAGUUUUUCAAUCUAAUUUAUUACCUAUUAAUCAAGCGGCUAUAGCUGCAUUAUUGUUGCAAUAUUCACGAGCUGCAGUUACUGCUUCAACUGUUUCAGCUAAUUCUAUCAAUUCUACUACAUUAAAUUAUACAAAUUGUCCUAUUGUUACUUCACCUCUCAAUUCGUCACAACUUCAAAAUCCAUUAGAUCAUUCAAAUCAAAUUAAUAAAUCAUUCAAUCAAAUAACACAGUCAAUUCCUUCUAUACAUUUACCUUUCACUACAAAAAAUCAUUAUACAAAUUCGGAAUUUAUUAAUUCAUUGAAUUUUUGUGAUCAACAAAUUAAUUUAUUGAAACAAUUUCCAAAGUUUUUAAUUGAAUCUAAUACUGGGACAGUGUCAUCACCAACUGAAUUAAUUAUUCCACCACAUUUAACUAAUCAAUCUGCUGCUCAUUCAUUGAGGCAAUUGGCAAACACUUUAUUUUGGAGUUCACUUGGUUCUAAAGCUAUAGAUUUACUUUCAACAUUUGGACCGAGCAUAUUACAACCACCAUCAUCAUCAUCAGCAGCAGCAUCACAAGAACAACGGAUUAAUUCAGUAAAUUUAUCAAAUUCUUCAUCAAUUCAUACUAGCACAACAACUAUAACUCCAACACCUAUAGCUGUAACAAAAAGUGGAAUAAAAGAUUUUCCUAUAAAUCUACUGAAUAAUAAUAAUAAUAAUAUUGACAAUCAAAUUAAUUGUUGUAGAAAUAUCGAAUCUGUCAAAGUUCAUCAACCGAUUACAUCAAUAUCAACAACAAAUAAUCCAUCUACUUUAUUAUUGAAUAGUGAUUUAUUAAGAAAUCAAUUAUUUUUACUUCAUUCCACUAAUUCUAACAUGUCACAUCAUGUACAAGGUCUUAUUAAUUUUAUAAAUAAAUCACCAACACCAUUUCAUGUUAUCCAAUCAGUGAGGACAUUUUUGGAUAAUCAUGGUUUUCGUGAGUUAUUCGAAGAAGAAUCUUGGAGUUUACGUCCUUUGGAUAAGGUUUAUAUAACGAAAAAUGAAUCAACUGUAAUUGCAGCCGCUGUUGGUGGUCGAUUCGAAUCAGGCAAUGGUUUUACUUUGCUUGGAGCACAUACAGAUAGUCCAUGUUUACGUUUAAAACCGAAUUCAGAACGAUUAAAAGAAGGAUAUAUUCAAUUAGGUGUUGAGACAUAUGGUGGUGGUCUUUGGUAUACAUGGUUUGAUAGAGAUUUAAAAUUGGCUGGACGUGUAAUUAUUCGUAAUGCCGAAGGACGUCUAGAACAACGCUUAGUGCAUAUUAAUAAUCCAAUUGCUUGUGUUCCUAGUUUAGCAAUACAUUUAAAUCAAGAAAUUAAAACUCAAGGUUUUCAUCCAAAUUCCGAACAACAUUUAUCUCCAAUACUGUGUACUAGUUUGAUGGAACAGCUUCAAAAUCCAACUGCUCAAACUGCCAAUACUACUGAAUGUGGAAAUGAUUCAACAAAUACAUGUUUUAACAUAUGUCCUAUUUCAUCAUUAUCUAAUAGAAAUCGUCAUCCACCAGCUUUGUUACGUUUAUUAAGUGAAGAAACAGGUGUUAGUGAACAACAAAUUGUGGAGCUGGAACUUUGUUUUGCUGAUGCACAGCCUGCUUGCGUUGGUGGCUUGUACAAAGAAUUUAUUCAUGCGCCUCGUUUAGAUAAUUUGUUUAAUUCUUAUGCUGGUCUUCAUGGUUUCAUUGAAUCUCUUCCAACUUUAUCCUCUGAGUGUAAUAUACGUUUAUUAUGCUUAUUUGAUCAUGAAGAAGUUGGAUCCACAUCAGCUCAAGGUGCAGAUUCAGGCUAUACUUUGUCUGUUAUUCGUCGACUUAAUAAAGCAUUUGAAAUGUGCAAUUUAUCUGAAACACUUACACCAACUAACAAUGCAACUACAUCACAGUGUACAAAAUGUAAUUUAGAUUUACAUUUUGAAAAAUCAUUAGCUAAAUCUUUUCUUGUAUCAGCUGAUCAAGCUCAUGCAGUUCAUCCAUCAUGGAGUGAACGACAUGAAUGUCAUCAUAAACCUCAAUUUCACAGUGGUGUCGUAUUAAAAUACAAUGUUUCACAGCGUUAUGCUACGAAUAGCCUUACUGCAGCGGUUGUUCGUGAAAUUGCACAUUUGUGUAAUGUCCCAGUUCAGGAAUUUGUUUCAAAACAAGAUAUACAUUGUGGUUCUACAAUAGGACCAUUAUUAUCAUCACAAUUAGGUAUACCUACAGUGGAUUUAGGAUUUCCACAAUUAGCUAUGCAUUCAUGUAGAGAAUUAUGUUGUUCAACUAGUAUUGAACAAGCAGUACGUUUUUUUUCAUCAUAUUAUCAACAUUUAUCAAAAAUUUGGUGUAAUCAUCAAUCAUAUCAUAAUGAUAAUAAACAAUUAAAUCAAUCCUCUCAUCAUAUUUAUUUAUAA